AUGCCAUACAACACUUGCACAAACGGACGAGGAGGUGGUCGCGUUGGUGCAGAGACCAACAGAUCCAGAUCAGAUUCUAGAACAUCUUCAUCAUCAAGUCGGCUCUAUGGUUCAACCGAAGAUGAGGAUCACAACCCCCCAACACAAACACAAACAGCUCCAGGUAAACGCAAAAAGAAGACUCCCCUCGAACUUCCAACCAUUCAUAACUACCACGAAAUUGGACUUGAAUGGGGCCAAAUCCGUUCUGAUAGGAUUCUUUCUCGACGACGUGGCCUCAAGACACGCACCCCCCCCGCCAUUCUCUUUGAGGCACAAUCACUUCAAGCCCAAUAUAACCUCGAUAAGACAAUGUUGUGUAUAGCCGAAGGAAUCAGCAAACAUACACUUGAUGCAUCCUUGAACGAAGGGCCGCUUGCCCGCGAGCCUAACAAAUAUACCAAUUACCAGUCAUGCAGCAUAGUAAGUACAACUACACCAAUGCCACCCAAAGGUCAAUCGGCAGGCUUCAAGCAGAGAAACAAAACAGUUGGAAAUGCUUGGACAGCCUUUGCCGACGAGCAGAAGGACGUUUUCACACCACCUCUCUUUGACCAGCUUGUACAAGAGGUGAUGCGAGAAGAUCACCCAACGGAUACCUCUACACCGGAUCCGACCUCCACCAUUCCAACACCCAAUGAUCUGCAACCUUUGAGUCUAGAGGAGAAGGCAAACGUGAAUGCUCAAAAGAUUGAAAAGGUUGGCAUCGAAGAAAUCAAGAAGGUUGUUCAGCAGCUUCAGAUCAUUAAUAACAAAUUCAAAUUUCACUUCCACCUUCUUGUCGCCACAUGGAAUCCAAAUGAGACGGGAACUCGGGCCUUAUAUCAAGAUGAGUUCACGUCAAGCAAAUACUGGGCUGUUCAUGCACGGGAUGAGUUUCACCUACUCGAACGGUUCGCCCUUGAGGCCACCCAAGCAACUUUUGCCAGCCAGAGGUCAAAGAAGAAGUCGACCGACUCCACUCCUCAAACCUUGUUGAGAAAGGAGCUUAUCACACGCCUCAAUGGCCUUAUAGAAGCCCAUCUCCCAGGUGGACGCCAAACGAAGACGGAUACUCACCCUCAAACCCCAAAUCCGCAAGAGACCUUGAAGACCAGAACAUACCGUGGAGAUAUACAGCUCAAAAUUCAACGCCAACCCGAUUCAAGAGUUACCGACGAGAUGCUUGCAAGAGGCUCAGCGGCAGGAAGGCUGUCUGAUGAUAAGGUGAAGAUAUGGAUCGAAGAUAUCUUGGCUAAAAGAUAUUUGGUAGUCAAGGCCAGCACUCCGGUCGAUUCCAACGAGACACAGACUGGUGGAGGCGAUCACACCACUAUUGGUGAGAAUUGA